AACUCAGAAUAGGUCAUGUCUUGGGAUUUAGCGACAUAAUAAUAAAUUCGUUAUCAGCGACGCGUCGUGAGCGAAGCAAAAGCAGCACUCCCCUGCCGUUAAUCACAAGCGAGAGCGCCAAGGCGCAAAUGCUGAAGCCAGCAAAUUUGUGUAUCCGCCAGUUUAAAAUUAGGUUCUGAAUAAAGCAGUUGUGCGAAAGUUGCAAGACAAAACGCGUACGCAAGUAGCUAUCAUUACUAAUUCAAAUCAAUCACUUGAUUACUACGUACUUAUGUAAAAUACGGUGUAAACACCUAAUGAAUGAGAAAUGGUUGAGAUUCAAAAACACUUUUCAUUGAUUGUGCUCAGCGCCCUGUUGGUCAUUUGCGCAGCAAAGCCAACCAUAGAGCCGGAGUCCGAAGUAUCCACAUCAAAGCCGGAGAUUGAUAAGGAGAAUUUGAUAACGGACGACAAUGCCGAGUAUCUGAAAUCGUAUUCAGCCCAAAUGCAAAGCUAUAUGAAUCGCACUGUGGCGCCAUGUGAUGAUUUCUAUGAGUAUGCCUGUGGCAACUGGAAGAACGUGAAACAGGAGCGACAGACACAGCACAAGCGUAGCAAUCUCCUGGACAUUGUCUACACACUGGCCGAUGUCGCCGAGGAGCUACUGCUGUCAAAUUCAACGCUCGCUGCGGAUCUGGGCUAUGGAGCUGAGCUGAAAAUUGCACAACAAUUCUACAACGCUUGCCUCAACGCUGAGCUCUAUCCGCUUCCAGCGAACGACUCUGCUUAUCUGGCGCUUAUCAGGUCGAUUGGUGGGUUCCCCGCCGUGGACGGUGAAGCAUGGUUGGCCUCGAAUUUCAGUUGGUUCAACAUGAGCUCUCAUUUGACAAACUUUGGUGCCGAGGGACUCAUCUAUGACAAGAUUACGCCGCAAUAUCCAUUUAAUCCGUACUUUAAGCUGCCCGAGCUGGGCUUUGAUUACAUUGUGCAUACGGAUAAUAUUGUCACCAACGACACCAAAGGAUACGAGCUGAACGAGAGCCGCAUGCGUGGUUAUCUCACGGACUACGGUCUGGAGGAGGAGCAGGUGGCUGCUGUUAUUGCUGGGGUAUUUGCCUUCUGGCGGGAUGCACUGCAAAUUGCUGAUGAAUUCGAUGAGGAUUCGGAUAAAUGUGAAUUGCUGUCAACAGAAAAAUUAUCGAGUCCCUUCGAUCAAUGGGAUCAAUACUAUGCUAUUGCCUGGAAUGGUAUCCAAUUUGGGGACUAUCCGACGGAACAUUUCUGCGACUACUACUACGUUAAGCUGAACGAGGUGUGCGAGAAGCAUAAGCCAGCGGUUGCCAACUAUCUGGCCAUGAAACUCCUCUAUCACAUGGAUGCUAAACUGACGGCCACCAAGUUUCAGCGCGAUCAUUGUAUACUCAGUAUCCAGUAUUCGUUGCCCUACCUCCUGGAUAAGCUCUAUUUUGUGAAAUACUUUACGGAUGAAACCCACAAUGAGAUUGCGAAUAUCAUUUUGGAGCUGCGCAAGAGUCAAUUGGCGCUGCUGGAGAAUGCCAAUUGGCUGGACGGGGAUACACGCAAGGAGGCGCUGCUCAAGGAGUCCACAAUUGUGCCGCGCAUCGGUGCAUUCAAGGACGACAGUCUCUCGGAGGGUCUGAUCCGUGAAAUGAACAAUUUAACCCUGAUUAACGGCACCUAUGCUCAGAACAACAUUAACCUGAAGCGCUUCAGCACGUACUUGAAACGCUAUAAUGGCAUCCAUUACGACACGCUGGCGGACACCACCAAGCCGCUGGAGCUGCUGGUUGGCAUGCAGGUGAAUGCGUUUUACUACAAUCUGGACAAUUCGAUAACUGUGAUGGCGGGCAUACUGCAUCCACCGGCAUACCAUCAGGCGUGGCCCAACUCGCUGAAGUUUGGCACCCUCGGGUAUCUGGUAGGUCACGAGCUAACCCAUGGCUUCGAUAGCAUUGGCUCCACCUAUGAUAGCAACGGCACAAUGCGCUUUUGGUGGUCCAAGAAAUCGGGUGAGGUGUUCAAUGAUCGCGCCCAAUGCUAUGUGAAUCAUUUCAAUAACUAUUCGAUACCCGAGAUCAAUCGCAAUAUCAAUGGUAAUCAGACCAAGGAUGAGAAUAUCGCUGACAGCGGGGGAUUGCGUGAGGCACUCAGUGCUUAUCGGAAUCACAUGAAGCAACAGCAUUUGAACAGUGAGAUUAAUCCGGCCACUUUGCAGAGCAAUGAGCAGAUGCCUGGUUUGGAUCUAUCUCCGGAUCAGUUGUUCUUCCUGGGAUUCGCGCAGCUCUGGUGUUCCGAUUACGAGGAGAAGCACUAUUGGGAGGAGCUGACCAAUGAGCAUACAAUGGACAGAUAUCGAGUCCUUGGCGCGGUGACCAACAGUGAUGAUUUCACCCAGGCAUAUGGCUGCUUGCGUGGCAGCCCAAUGAAUCCGAUUUCGGACAAAUGCCGCGUGUGGUAGCAUAGUGAUAGCCCCUUCUCAUGAAAGACGACGUGAAUCGCUUAUCAGCAAAUCCAUGCGCGCGGGUUCAUUAAACAACGAACGCGUAUAUAUGUGUACAUAGUGUAUGUAAAUAUAAGCAAGCCACAAAUACAA